AUGUUAAAUAAUUGUCUCUUCGUAAUUGUUAUUGUUUCCUGUUUAUUAUCGUCUACCUUUUCCAUUCCAAUUUAUUCUAAAGUUCAAGGUCGAACAUGGGAUCAAGCUAUUGCUAUGGCAAAAUCAUUAGUAGCACAAAUGACAUUGGAAGAAAAAUGUAAUAUGACAUCUGGUAUUAAAGGUCCAUGUGUCGGAAACGUUCUAUCUAUACCUCGUCUUAAUUUUAGUGGUCUUUGUUUUCAAGACGCACCGAGUGGUGUCGGAGAUAAAGCUUUACAUUCAACUGCUUUUGCACCCGGUAUACAAAUUGCAGCUACUUGGGAUCGAGAUUUAUUCUAUAGACGUGCUGUUGCAAUAGGUCAAGAAUUUAAAAAUAAAGGUAUUCAUUUUGCUUUGGGUCCAAUGAUGAAUAUUGAUCGAAAUGCUCGUGCUGGUCGUAAUUGGGAAGGAUUUGGUGCUGAUCCAUAUCUUUCAGGUGAAAAUUCAUUUUAUUAUGUACAAGGUAUGCAAGAUCAAGGUGUCGUUUCAACUGCUAAACAUUAUAUUUGCAAUGAACAAGAAACUCAUCGUAUGUAUAUAGGAUCUGAUAAUUUCAAUCAACCUAAUCCUAGCAUUACCAAGGGUUACUCAGCUAAUCUUAAUGAUAAAACAAUGCAUGAAAUUUAUUUAUGGCCAUUUGCAGCUAGUGUUGCUGCUGGUGUUGGAUCCGUUAUGUGCUCAUACAAUCAAGUGAAUGGUACACCAGCUUGUCAAAAUGAUAAAACAUUAAAUGGACUAUUGAAAGGGGAACUUGAAUAUCCAGGCAAUGUCAUGUCAGAUUGGGGUGCAACAAAAACUGGUGUCGAAUCAGUUUUAGGAGGUUUAGAUAUAGAUAUGCCAGGUGAUUUGAAAUUAAUGGGUUUCACUCUUGUACAAGCAGUUGACACUGGAAAGAUUACCGAAGAAAGAAUUAAUGAUAUGGUCACUCGAAUUUUAGCACCUUAUUAUCUUCUUGAACAAGAUCAAGGAUAUCCAUCAAUUGAUUUAGAUCGAGAUGGUACUGAAGAUCAUUACAAAAUUAAUCAACAAGUUGCUGCUGCAGGUUUUAUUUUGCUUAAGAAUACAAAUAAUGUUUUACCAUUUAAUGUCAAGACUGAUACUCAUUUUUAUGUUUAUGGAGCAGCCGCAGGUCAAUCUGACGAAGGAUUCCAUUCAGCUGGUCGACCAGAACAUGCAGGCGCUUUGUACCAGGGUGGGGGUUCUGGGUCUACUGAUGCGCCCUAUGCUAUUGAUCCUCUUACAUCAUUGCUGAAUAAAGCUCGAAAUUCUCAUCUUCACAUUCAUUAUAUUACUAAUCAAUUUGAUUAUAUUGCUAUUGUCGAUACAUUUCAUACUCAUGGCUUCAAUAAUUCUAAGUGUCUUGUUUUUAUUAGUGCUUAUUCUUUUGAAGGAGCCGAUAGAGACAGCCUUCAUGCUUUAGAUGAUGGUAAUGAACUUGUUCGAACUGUUGCUUCUCAUUGUGCAAAUACUAUUGUUAUUGUUAAUAGUGUUUCACAACUUAACCUUGAACCAUGGAUUGAUCAUCCCAAUGUUGUUGGUGUCAUAUGGUCGGGUCUCCCUGGUUCUGAAUAUGGUCCAGCUAUUGUAGAUGUUCUAUUUGGUGAUUAUAAUCCGGGAGGCAAGAUGGUUUUCACAGUAGCUAAAAAAGAUUCGGAUUAUGGCACUGAUAUUAGUCUAUCUUUUAAAUCUGAUUAUACUGAAGGUGUUUUCUUAGAUUAUCGUCACUUUGAUAAAUAUAAUAUUACACCUCGCUUUUAUUUUGGAUUUGGUAUUUCAUAUACAACAUUCUCGUUUUCUAAACUUAAUAUUUCAACAUCUCGAAAAAGUAAACAUAGUGCUUCAUCACAAUAUCAACAACAUCGAAUGAGAUCAUACAAUAGUAUUGGUACUUUGAAAGUUUAUGAACCUGUCUAUGAAAUAACAUUUACUGUUACUAAUACUGGUAGAAUGGAUGGUUCCGAAGUACCUCAACUUUAUCUUGGAUUUCCAGCAGAAGCAGAACAACCACCGAAAGUAUUACGAGGUUUCGAAAGAAUAUAUUUAUCAGCAGGGGAAUCAAAACAAGUAUCAUUAGUAUUAACACAAAAAGAUAUUUCAUAUUGGAAUGUUGUUAAUCAAAAAUGGACUGUUGCUCAUGGCAUUUAUACAGUUUGGAUAUCAACAUCUGCUAACAAUGCUGACAUUAAACUUCAAAGUUCUUUCAAUAUCUAA